UGAGCGAAUUUGACGUUGAGAUUGAGGGUGACCAGGCUCUGCAACUGCAAGCGGCUCCCCUGCUUCGACAUGAUCUCCCCUUCGUCGGUUACCCUUCACCGUAUCUCCACCUCCAUCAUCAAACCACCACCUUCUUCUCUUGAUUCAAGACGCGUCUCCUACCUCACUCCCUACGACCUCUUCACUCUCUCCAUGCAUUACAUUCAGAACGGCCUACUCUUCUGUCACCCCGUUACUCUCGACCUCAUCGCCGGUCUCAAAACAGCCCUCUCCCUCACCCUCCACCAUUUCCGCCCCCUCGCUGGCCGCCUCGUCUCCGAGCCAACUUGCGACGCUUCCGGAGGAGGCAUCCAAGUCUACGUCGACUGGAACGACCAAGGGGCCGAGUUCAUCCAUGCCUCCGCACCGCACGUCUCCGCCGCCGACGUGGCAUCCCCUGACGUCCCCUGUUUUCUCCACCCUUCCUUCUUCCCUCUUAAUGGAGCCGUCAACUAUGACGGGUAUUCGCUGCCGCUCCUCUCUACGCAGCUCACCGAGCUGGCAGACGGCUUCUUCCUCGCUUGCUCCUUUAAUCACUCUGUCGGCGACGGCACUGCCUACUGGCAUUUCUUUAAUGUGUGGGCGGAAAUAACAAGAAAUGGCGCCGGAGACGGAAGCCGCAUCUCUCAGCCUCCGGUGCUCGAUCGCUGGUCCUUCGAGGGUGGUAGUGGCCGUCAUCUGCAGCUUCCUUUCACCCACCCCAACCAAUUCAUCGAAAGAUUUGCGCCGCCAGGGCCGCUGCGCGAGCGGGUCUUCCACUUCUCUUCCGAAUCCAUCGCGCACCUGAAAGCCAAAGCAAACCAAGAAUCCAACUCCACCGUCACCAUCUCCUCCUUCCAAUCUGUCGCCGCCCUCGUGUGGCGGUCCGUCACGCGCGCCCGCGGCCUGCCGGCAGAGCGAACAACAGGCUGCGCCGCGGUCAUCAACGACCGCGCACGGCUCCAGCCCCCGCUGCCGACCGAGUACUUCGGCGGUGUUGUGUGGGUCGUCCGGGCCACGGCAGAGGUGGGGGAGCUGCUGGAACGCGGGCUCGGGUGUGGCGCCAUGCUAGUUCAUGAGGCUGUGACGGGGCGCACGGACGGCGCCGUGCGGCGAUCAGUGAAAGGGUGGGCGGAGGAACCGUUCAUGUAUCCGCUGAGCUUGUACGACCGAUACGGCGUGAAGAUGGGAAGCUCCGCGAGGUUCAACGUGUACGGGUGCGAUUUCGGGUGGGGGCAGCCGGUAGCAGUGAGGAGCGGCGCGGCGAACAAGCACGACGGGAAGGUGACGUUCCACCCGGGGAGGGAGGGCGGAGGCAGCAUGGAUUUGGAGAUCUGCUUGAAGCCGGAAACCAUGGAGGCAUUGCUGCAUGACGAAGAGUUCAUGAGUGUCGUAAAUUUCCCAGCCUGAGCACAAUCCCUGCAGCUUUUCAAACUAUUAUUCAGCUAUUCAAUUCGACUAUCAGCAUCAUAUCCAAAAAUCAGAUAAUAUCAUAAUUAAGAACAAAUAAAAGUUCCUCAUGCGCUUAAUUAAA